AUGACGCCGCGUAAUUUGAAGGCCGCGGAUUGCACGCCACGAUGUCCUUGGCUGUUUCGGCUGCCGCUGAGCCGGCUCGGGGUUGAUCAGGCCCCGUCCGGCCCACUCCUCGGGGCCGUGGCUACCGCGCCGGCUGGGGCUUCCUCCAUCCUGGUUGUCGGAUUUGAGACAACGAAGUUGAAUCUGAGCUUGAGGGAGCCUAGUUUGGUGGGCGCAAUACGCCUGGCUCGUUUAUUCUGGAUUAAGCUGAUACAGAACAAUAAUUUUGCUAAGGAACUGCACGCAUUGAAAUUGAACCAAACUCUGCCAAACACCAGUAAGUUAAAAAAUCUUACUCCUUUCCUUGACAGUGAGGGUGUGAUACGAGUGGGCGGUAGGCUCACGAACGCCCCACUCUCUUACGAUGAAAAACACCCUGUUAUCAUUCCUCGCCAUAGAGUAGCUACUCUCAUAGUCGAUCACGCUCACCUAAGAUGUCUUCACGGCGGCACUCAAUUAACCUUACGUGUUAUUAAACAGAAUUUUUGGAUCUUGAACGCCCGCAAUCUGAUUAAAUCAAUCAACUAUAGCUGUGUCGUUUGCUCCCGCUAUAGAGCUCUUCCUGUCUCUCAAAUCAUGGCUGACUUGCCUGCUGCUCGUGUCACUCCAUCUCGUCCGUUCAUGCACUGCGGCGUGGAUUACGCUGGACCCUUUCAUGUUCUACCUGUCCAACGCCGAGGGCAGAAAUCCUUCAAGGCUUAUGUAUCCGUUUUUGUGUGUCUAGCUACACGUGCGAUCCACCUCGAGUUGGUGAACGAUUAUUCCACUAACAGGUUUUUAGCAGCCUUCAAGCGUUUUGUUGCUCGACGGGGUCUUCCUUCCAAUAUGUACAGUGAUAAUGGCACUAACUUCCGAGGUGCCGAUCGUGAGCUAAAGCGAGUGUUUAAGAUUCUAGUUAGAGAUCCGAAUCUAAUUACUCAUCUGGCUUCCGAUGGAGUUACGUGGAAGUUUAUCCCUCCGUCGGCGCCACACUUCGGCGGAUUGUGGGAGGCCGGCGUGAAAGCCAUGAAAUAUCAUUUAAUCAGAAUCGUCGGAUCUCAUACUCUGUCCGUAGAAGAAUUUACCACUCUAUUAGCUCAGGUUGAAUCAUGUUUGAAUUCUAGACCUAUCUCGGCUCUAAAUGAUGAUCCUGAGGACCUUUCUAUCCUUACUCCCGGCCACUUCCUUAUAGGCGAAAGCCUGACGUCGUUGCCUGAGGAGUCUGUACUAAAUCUUAAAGAAAAUCGAUUGGACCGGUGGCAGCGUGUACGUCGGAUGAUGGAGCAGUUUUGGAAGGUGUGGUCGCGUGAAUACCUACACACACUUCAACAGCGAUUGAAAUGGCGGCAGAGCUGUUCUAACUUACGAAUUGGAGAACUCGUACUCGUUCAGAACGAAUCGUUACCGCCCUCUAAAUGGGAACUCGGACGUAUCCUAAAUCUAUAUCCGGCUAAGGAUGGAAAAAUUCGAGUUGUUGAUGUAAAAACUACCUCUGGAUUGUAUAAGCGCCCUGUAUCGCGGUUGUGCCGUCUACCCGUCGAGAAUCCGAACCUGCUACCCUCAUCUUGA